AUGGCGGUGGAUACCGAAUCCAAUGGCGUUCAUGAUGUAUCCCUCGAGACUCAAAAGAACCCUAACGUCAACGGCAACGGCAACCACCACUCGUCACCAGACGCUGCGCCUGCGCUGGAACCUACUACAAACGUGUCCAGUGGCAUCGACGGUGUCUCCCAAUUUCUGCCUGAUAGUCAUCCCGACAAUAACUCGUUGUUUGGGGAUUCAGAAAUGCCUUCGGUUACCGAUGCCGUGGAGGCUCCAACUUCGGAUGUACGCGACGAAGCGGCACCAGACACUACUGCAACUACAGAGAGUACGCAAAAGGUUCCAGAGACCCAAUUGCCCGUUAUGGAAGAGUCCCUCGGUGGUCCAGUGCAGUCGACCGAUUCACAGGCGAACCAAGCUCCAGACUCAACCGCAGGUUCCACUGAUUCAGCUGCUCCUCCCACAAAGCCUUUGAAUGACCUCAAGAUUGAAACUCAGCAAUCAGCAACUCAACUUUCAUUGACUGAGUCGCCCGCUGUGCUCGAUCAAGAAAUGGAAGAUGCGCCAACGUCCGGCAAAGUACGCCCUCGUGAGGAGGAUGCGGACAUGGAAGAUGCGCCCGAUGCGAAACGCACAAAAACCCAGGAUGAAGGUAAUGAGUCGGCUGAAUUUAAGGUGCCUGAUCUACCUGCGCAUACCGAACAGCCAAAUGGUUCAGCUCCGACACCACCAGUCGCGGCAGCAGCUGCGUCUCCAUCACAAGAGCCGUCUUCCGUUCAACAAGCUGUGCCAUAUAAGACAUGGCCAUCAGCACCAAUGACGGAAGCUCAGAAGAAGUUUUUGCUUGAGCGCAUUCGAAAUACCAAGAAGAUCAAGGUUUCGAAUGCUUUUAAAGUGCCAGUAGAUUACGAGGCUUUAAACAUUCCUACAUAUCCAUCCAUUGUGACGAAGCCGAUGGAUCUCGGAACAAUGGAAAACAAACUGAAGACGGGAGCUUACACAUACGUUGCCGAAUUCAUGGCAGACUUGGACCAGAUCGUGACCAACAGCGAGCUGUUCAACUCGACCACCCACCCGGUCACCCAUGACGCCUACAAUAUGCGGGCUUAUUUCUUGAAAGGCACCGAUAGGCUUCCGAAAGAGGGAGACGAGGCAGCAAAGUCAGUCAAGCCCGUGAAGAAGCCCACGGUAUCGACAGCACCAAAAGCCCGACGUGAGUCAAGGGCAGCACCGGUCGCAAAGUCACCACCAGCUUCAAUCCCUACUACCACAUCGACCCCCGCCUCGGCCUGGCCGUUGAAUGCGGACGGUUUGCCCAUGAUCCGACGAGAUUCCUCUAGCGCCAAUGACCGUCCGAAGCGGGAAAUUCAUAGGCCUCCCUCGAAAGAUCUUCCUUAUUCUGCUGCGAAACCUCGAAAGAAGAAGUAUCAGCUGGAACUGAAAUUCUGCGAGAACGUCUUGUCGGAGUUGUUGAAACCUAAAUAUGCUAAAUUCUCGUGGCCUUUCAUGGCUCCUGUAGAUCCGGUUGCCUUGAAUAUUCCUUCGUAUAUGAAGAUCAUCAAAAAACCGAUGGACUUUGGGACUGUGAAAAAGAAUCUGGACGCGGGUGUCUAUCAAAACGCCAAGGACUUCUACAAUGACGCACAGCUUGUGUUCCUCAAUUGCUUCAAGUUCAAUCCGGAGACGGAUGAAGUGAACAAGAUGGGCAAGCAGCUGAAUGAGGUCUUCAACAGCUUAUGGAGCGAGAAGGCCGAUUGGCUUGCACAGAAUGCACCCGAUGCGGAGCCCCAAUCUGCGGGUUCGGGCUAUUCAGAUGAAGAGGACGAUGAAGACGAGGAAGAUGAUCCUGCACAGGCUCAAUUCCUCGCCAUCCAAAAGCAGAUCGCAGCGCUCAAUGAAACUGCUCAGCAGUUGCUGCAGCAACAGCAGCGAAAGGGGACGUCGCCCAAGGCGCCUAGCAAGAAAAAGUCUAAGGCAGGGCAGCCCAAGAGCAAAGCGGGCCCGCUCAAGGUACCUCCACCUGCAAAGCCGGCCAAAUCGAAGCCCAAAAAGGCCCAAGCUCCUCUGAGCUAUGCACAAAAGCAGGAGAUCUCUGAGGGCAUCAGCACACUUGGCGACGCCGAUAUGAGACGCGCCGUCCAGAUCAUUAGGAAUGGCUGUCCCCACCUAGCGAACACCAACGAUGAUGAGAUGGAGCUCGAUAUGGACGAGAUCAACGAUGACACAUUGCGGGACCUGUUCCAGUUCAUCAAGAGGGUGCGUGGUCCAAAGUCUGCAGCGGCAGAGGAUGAUGAAUUCGAAAUGCCACGUCCUGCCGCACCUUCGAGGCAGAACACUAGUCGGCCGAAAAAGAACAAGCCCAUGGGCAAAUCGGAACAGGAGGACAGUCUUCGCAGAAUCCAGGAAAAGAUGCAGUCGUUCAAUGGGGCGGUGUCGGGAUCCAGUCAAUCACCACCUGCCAACCAAGAGUCGAGCGACGAUGAUGACGACGACGAUGACAGCGCUUCCGAAAGCGAGGAAGAGUAG